AUGCCAACGCCCCCGGAUGUCCUGACCUAUGAUGAUGUGCAUGUGAACUUCACUCAGGAAGAGUGGGCAUUGCUGAAUCCUUCUCAGAAGAGUCUCUACCAAUGUGUAAUGCUGGAGACCUGUAGGAAUCUCAGCGCUAUAGGAUACAUUUGGGAAGACAAUACUACUGAAGAAUAUUGUAAAAGUUCUGGAAGACUUGGAAGGUAA